GCGCUUUUUUUUUUUUGAUGUUUAUUUUUACCCUUUUCAGCCCUUUCUGGUUUUUGUUUAUUUUUAACCUUUUUUCCAUUCCCUUCCCUUUUUAAAUAUUAAUGUUUAUUUUUGACUCUCCUCCUUUGCCAUAUCAAUUUUAAGCUUGAUUGUCCCUUUUCUUCCCAUUCCUUCCCCAUUUUAAAUUUUAAUGUCGAUUUUUACCCCUUUUUGCCUCUCCUUCUUGCCCUCUUCCAUUUUUCCACCCCAUUUUUUCAUUUCACCGCUCCUUUCCCCUCCAAUUUAACUCCUUUUCAAUUCUCCCCUUUAUUUCCUUCAUUCUUUUCCCUGAACGCUUCCCUUUCCUUUUUUUUUUUUCCCCUAAAAUAUUAAUUUCAAUAUUUUUUUCCCUCCUUAAUUCCCCUCCCCCUUUCGCGGGUUGGGUUUUAUCGCUUUUUUGUGUGUUUUUGAGGCUUUUCCCCCCUCUUUUUCCCCCUCUUUCCUCCCCUAAGGUGCGUGUGGGGCAACUUUAAAAAAAAACCCUCAUUCGGCCAUUUUGCGCUUUUUUUUUCCCCUCAAGAAGGGGGGGGGGCACCACCCCCCCCAUUUUCCCUCAUUUUUAACCCCUCCCUCCUCCAUAUUUUUUACGCCUUUUCCCCCCCCUUUCCCGGGGUGUGUUUUUUAUUAUUAUAUAUUUUUCUCUUAUUCUUUUUUUUUUUUGUUUUGUGUGUGUGUGUGUGUUGAAAGGGGGGGGGUUUAUUUUAAAAUUACACCCGGGGCGGCCAUUUUCGCUGCCGGCGCCGUCCCGCCGCCCGCCGCCUCCCGCGCCCUGAGGCGAUUUUAACCGAUCCGGGCGUUUUUCAACCCAUCGCCGCCGCCCCCCCCGCGCCCCCCGCGCGGCCCCGCCGGGCCCGGCCCGGGGGGGGUCGCCCCGUCCCGCCCCCUCCCCACUUUCCCCUCACACCGAACCCCCCCCGGCCUCGGCGGCGGGGGCGGUUUGGGGCGGUGGGAGCGGCGCACGCCGAGGGUCCCCCCGGCCCCCCGCCCCUCACCCGGCCAUGGCGUCCCCGCUGAGGGAGGACGAGGAGGAGGAGGAGGAGAUGGCGGUGUCCGAGGGGGACGAGGAGGACGACGACGAGGAGGACGACGAGGAAGAGGAGGAGGAAGACGCCGCCGCCGCCGCCGCCGCCGCUGCUGCCGCGCUCUUGGCCGGGCACCGAGGGCCCCCCGACAUCUUCGCCGGGCCGGCCCCGGCCCCGCUCCCGCCGCCGCCGCCGCCGCCCCCCGCGCCCGCCGCGCCCGGACCGCCGGAGGCGCCCGCAGAUGGUGACGAGGAGCUGCUGCGGGGCCUCGAGGGGGCCCUGGGGGUGAAGAAGAAGAAAAGGGGCCCCCGGAAACAGAAGGAAAACAAACCCGGAAAACCCCGGAAACGGAAAAAACUGGUGAGCGAGGAUGAGCUGGAGUCGGAGCGGGACGAGUACCCCCGCGAGGAGUACCGGGAGAAGUCGGAGAGCGGCGGCAGCGACUCGGGCGGGGCGGCGCGGAAGCGGCGGCGGAAGCACCGCGAGAAGAAGGAGAAGAAAACCAAGAGGCGGAAAAAGGCCGACGAUGAGGGGGGGCAGAAGGUCAAGGCGGUGGAGCAGAAGUCCUCGGCGCAGCUGCUGGGGGCCUGGGGGCUGGAGGACGUGGACCACGUCUUCACCGAGGAGGAUUAUCACACCCUCACCAACUACAAGGCCUUCAGCCAGUUCAUGAGGCCGCUGAUCGCCAAGAAGAACCCCAAGAUCCCCAUGUCCAAGAUGAUGACCAUCCUGGGGGCCAAGUGGAGGGAGUUCAGCGCCAACAACCCCUUCAAGGGCUCGGCCGCCGCCGUGGCCGCGGCCGCCGCCGCCGCCGCUGCCGCCGUGGCCGAGCAGGUGUCGGCCGCCGUGGCCGCCGUGGCCCCCGAGGCGCCGCCCCCGCCCCUGCGCAAGGCCAAGACCAAGGAGGGCAAAGGCCCCGGGCACAAGAAGCGCAGCAAGAGCCCGCGGGUGCCCGAGCUGAAGAGGAAGAUGAAGGGCAGGAAGAUGGCCCCGCUCAAGAUCAAACUGGGAGUACUGGGAGGCAAACGCAAGAAGAGCAGCUCGAGCGAGGACGCGGGCGAGGCCGAGGAGGAGUCGGACGCCGAGAGCCCCGGGGUGCUGGGGGCCACCCCCCGCCCCGACCCCACCACGCGCCUCAAGAAGCUCAAGAGGGGCCGCCCCGGGCGCAAGAAGAAGAAGGGGCCGGGCCCGGAGGAGGAGGGCGAUGGCUACGAGACGGACCACCAGGACUACUGCGAGGUGUGCCAGCAGGGCGGGGAGAUCAUCCUGUGCGACACCUGCCCCCGCGCCUACCACCUGGUGUGCCUGGACCCCGAGCUGGACCGCGCCCCCGAGGGACGCUGGAGCUGCCCCCACUGCGAGAAGGAGGGCGUGCAGUGGGAGGCCAAGGAGGAGGAGGAGGAGGAGGAAGAGGAGGAGGAGGAGGGCGAGAAGGAGGAGGAAGAUGACCACAUGGAGUACUGCCGCGUGUGCAAGGACGGCGGGGAGCUGCUGUGCUGCGACGCCUGCGUGUCCUCCUACCACAUCCACUGCCUCAACCCGCCCCUGCCCGAGGUCCCCAACGGCGAGUGGCUCUGUCCCCGCUGCACGUGCCCGGUGCUGAAGGGGCGCGUGCAGAAGAUCCUGUACUGGCGCUGGGGGGAGCCCCCCGCCCCCGUGGCCCCCCCCGGCGCCCCCCAGGCCCAGGAGGGGCCCCCCCAGGCCCUGCAGGGCCGCUCCGAGCGCGAGUUCUUCGUCAAGUGGGUGGGGCUGUCCUACUGGCACUGCUCCUGGAUCAAGGAGCUGCAGCUGGAGAUCUUCCACCUGGUGAUGUACCGGAACUACCAGCGCAAGAACGACAUGGACGAGCCCCCUCCCCUGGACUACGGCUCCGGGGACGACGACCCCAAGAGCGAGAAGCGGGGCGCAGGGGGGGACCCCCUUUUCGGGGGCAUGGAGGAGCGCUUCUACCGCUACGGCAUCAAACCCGAGUGGAUGACGGUGCACCGCAUCAUCAACCACAGCGUGGACCGGAAGGGGCAGUACCACUACCUGGUGAAGUGGCGGGACCUGCCCUACGACCAGGCCACCUGGGAGGAGGACGAGAUGCCCAUCCCCGACUACGACCUGCACAAGCUGGCCUACUGGAAACACCGGGAGGUGUUCAUGGGGGAGGACCCGGCCCAGCCGCGCCGUUACAAGAAGAAGAAGAAGGAGACGCCGGGGGAGGGACCCCCCGACUCGCCCACCAACGACCCCACGGUGAAGUACGAGACGCAGCCGCGCUUCAUCACGGCCACGGGCGGGACGCUGCACCUGUACCAGCUGGAGGGGCUGAACUGGCUGCGCUUCUCGUGGGCCCAGAGCACCGACACCAUCCUGGCCGACGAGAUGGGGCUGGGCAAGACCAUCCAGACCAUCGUCUUCCUCUACUCGCUCUACAAGGAGGGCCACACCAAGGGCCCGUUCCUCGUCAGCGCGCCGCUCUCCACCAUCAUCAACUGGGAGCGCGAGUUCCAGAUGUGGGCGCCGUCCUUCUACGUGGUGACCUACACCGGGGACAAGGACAGCCGCGCCAUCAUCCGCGAGAACGAGUUCUCCUUCGACGACACCGCCAUCAAGGGCGGCAAGAAGGCCUUCAAGAUGAAGCGCGAGGCGCAGGUGAAGUUCCACGUGCUGCUGACGUCCUACGAGCUCAUCACCAUCGACCAGGCGGCGCUGGGCUCCAUCCGCUGGGCCUGCCUGGUGGUGGACGAGGCCCACCGCCUCAAAAACAACCAGUCCAAGUUUUUCCGGGUGCUGAACGGGUACAAGAUCGAGCACAAGCUGCUGCUCACGGGGACGCCGCUGCAGAACAACCUGGAGGAGCUGUUCCACCUGCUCAACUUCCUCACGCCCGAGCGCUUCAAUAACCUGGAGGGGUUCCUGGAGGAGUUUGCCGACAUCUCCAAGGAGGACCAGAUCAAGAAGCUCCACGACCUGCUGGGCCCCCACAUGCUGCGGCGCCUCAAGGCCGACGUCUUCAAGAACAUGCCGGCCAAGACGGAGCUGAUCGUGCGCGUGGAGCUCAGCCCCAUGCAGAAGAAGUACUACAAGUACAUCCUGACGCGCAACUUCGAGGCGCUCAACUCGCGGGGAGGCGGCAACCAGGUGUCGCUGCUCAACAUCAUGAUGGACCUCAAGAAGUGCUGCAACCACCCCUACCUGUUCCCCGUGGCCGCCAUGGAGUCCCCGAAGCUGCCGAGCGGCGCCUACGAGGGCGGGGCGCUGAUCAAGGCCUCGGGGAAGCUGCUGCUGCUGCAGAAGAUGCUGCGCAAGCUGAAGGAGCAGAACCACCGGGUGCUCAUCUUCUCCCAGAUGACGAAGAUGCUGGACCUGCUGGAGGAUUUCCUGGACUAUGAGGGUUACAAGUACGAGCGCAUCGACGGCGGCAUCACCGGGGCCCUGCGGCAGGAGGCCAUCGACCGCUUCAACGCGCCGGGGGCGCAGCAGUUCUGUUUCCUGCUGUCGACGCGGGCCGGGGGCCUCGGCAUCAACCUGGCGACGGCCGACACCGUGGUCAUCUUCGACUCGGACUGGAACCCCCACAACGACAUCCAGGCCUUCAGCCGCGCCCACCGCAUCGGCCAGGCCAACAAGGUGAUGAUUUACCGCUUCGUGACGCGGGCCUCGGUGGAGGAGCGGAUCACGCAGGUGGCCAAGCGCAAGAUGAUGCUGACGCACCUGGUGGUGCGCCCGGGGCUGGGCUCCAAGGCCGGCUCCAUGUCCAAGCAGGAGCUCGACGACAUCCUCAAGUUCGGCACCGAGGAGCUCUUCAAGGACGAGAACGAGGGGGACAACAAGGAGGAGGACAGCAGCGUCAUCCACUACGACAACGAGGCCAUCGCGCGGCUGCUGGACCGGAACCAGGACGCCACCGACGACGCCGACGUGCAGAACAUGAACGAGUACCUGAGCUCCUUCAAGGUGGCCCAGUACGUCGUCAGGGAGGAGGACAAG